CUUUGCACCGUUCUGAUCCGCGGCUUGCUGCGGGGUGCUGCCCCAGGGACCGCUGUCAGAGCGUGCGUGGCAUGGUCAGGCUGGGACAGGGAGUGAAUUUCUGAUGAGAUGAGACCUGGGAGCUCUGCAGGGGGAGAAAUCCUCAGAAGCCAUGCAGGGAAGUGCUCCCUGUGCCUUGGUGUGAGUGACAGAGAGAGGGGGCCCCUGAGACAGGUAGCCCUUCCCUUGUUUCCUCAGGCGCUGGUGACAGCUUGCAGCUUCCAUCCUCUCUCUCUCUCUGACAGACGCACACAGACACUGUCCCCUGCCAGCAUCUCUGUACGCAGGGGAGGAAGGGAAGAGAGAAGCUGAGUCCCCGUGGCCAAUGCUAGCCUUGUCUUUCUGCUGUGACUGCCGGCAAAGGCAUGGAUAGCAGCUUUCCUUGAAUUGAAGUGGAUGCCUGUCUUCCAAGUCUUUCCGUGCAGCUCGCUCAGCAUCUGCUGGAGGGGAGCAGGUUUUGGCCCUGCUAACUUGGGCAGCUUGAGUGCAAGGGGCUGUGUCCCAUUGCCAGUCUUGCUGGCAGUCGGGGCCCCAUUUCAGUGUUCCCUGCUGGCUGCUUUGGCAUGUUGCGUGCAAGUUCUGGAGUGGUUAUGGACUGGUCUCUUCCCUUCCCUGGUCUGCUUAGCACCCACCUUGCAGGCCUCGUGUGUCAGGCGCCUGAGAUGAAAAACUGCAGGCAUGUGAGAGCAGCGCUGCUAGCUGUUAUUGCCUUGCAUAUUCAUUUUCUUUCCACUCCUGCUUCUCGGGACACGGACUUGGCAGAGGGAGGCUGCAAGUGGUGCUGGCUCAUAGUUUCCAUGAAUUCCAGCCCCCGAGGCUUCUGGGAAGGUGCCCUUGUUUUCGGUGGCGUUGGUUUUGAACGUCUCACAGGUACAAGAAUGUACUUAUUGUAUCUCACCAAGCAGACGACUUUGGUGGUCAGAGUCCAGGCCAGCGGGAGGCUUUGAGCAAGGCGUGUGCUACAGACUAGAGCUGUUGGCUUCAUUUAGCUGGGAGAGGGGAUUGGGCAGGGAGGUGUCCCAGAUCUGCAAAUGAGACAGUGGUUUAUAUUUUGGCUCUGUAGCGGAGGUUUGCAAGGGGCCAGAGGAGCUCCUGCAGCACAGUACAGAGGGCUGGGGGCUGCAAGGAGCAGUGUCAGUGCACAGGGUCUACAUUAACUGUUGUUAUUCAGAGAGGAGUUGAAACCCAGAUGUCAGUGUGGGCAGUUUAAAGAGGAAGAGCUUAGUCAGAACAAAUAUCUCCUCUGCUCUUCGUCAUUUUUGUCCUGGCUAGUGUGAGGAGUCUUAUAAAUUCAUUGAUAUGAGGGUCGGAAGGGACCUCAGCAGAUCAGGGCCUGAGCCAGCCACUGAUAUAAGUAAGGAAGAAACUUCUCUUCCCCAGCUGCCCACGUUUAGCCUGGGCAUCUGGUACUGGCCCUGUGUAUCCUUCCUAAGCGAUUCCUGCAUUUACUGUUUUUUCAGGCUGGGAGAAAAGGGGCAGCUGCUAAGCUGGAUGUUGGGAAUGGGGAAGAGAGAAGGAGCGUGGAAAAGGAAAUCCUUUAGUGCUGAUCAAACUGGGGGGGGGUUGCUUUCCACUGUCUCAGGCUGGGUCUCAUCCCCUGCACUGAGGCUCUGGAGCAGACUGGGAGCUGAGGAGAGUGUAAUACAGCUACUCCAGUCCUUGCUGGUGUGGGGUGAGUAGAGGGGUGACUGGGGAGGCCCACAUGCUGUGCCAAACAUGCUCCUAAGUGAAUUACCUUUCUCUGCGCUUGGGACCGGAGGAGUUAAGUUCCAGCCUUGCACAUAAGCCCUUUGCAGAGCAGUCAAAAACUCCCUUCUCUUCAAGGCUUCCUGGUGCUUUUGGGAAAACAAAGAUUUCAAAGUGGCUGUAAGCUUUUAAGACUGUGAGAAUGUCGAUCCCCUUUUAAUGGGAAAGCAGCGGAUUUGCACAAAGUUUGGCUUGGAUGGGAGAUGCUUGAGUCUUCUCUUCCCCACCCUGCUCUGGACAGCGUUGGGGCUGGGAGGAGGGCUCCUGGCUGCCCAAGUCCCUCAGGAGAGGCCUUGCCAUUCCAAAAACAUCUCUGCCCAAUGAACUGAACCCUUGUGCUUUCAGACGGGUUGUCUGGACGACAUCCAGAAGCAUCUUGGGUCAGCUCCUACAGGAGACACCAGUCUGCAGUGCAUCAGCAAGGGACUGUUUGUGCGAUGGCAGGGAGCUGGAAGGCGGAUUUCCCCUUCUGUCUGUGCUUCUCUGACUUCUUUGGGGUCGUGUAACCCUAGCUGCAUGUCUCUCCUGCCCUUUGCCCUUCUGGCGCUGUGCUAUGGCUGAUUUAAAAAAAAAAAAAAAAAAGGAACACUCCAAGGUCACUGUACCCACCCUGACAUCUCCCCAGUGUCCAAAAUGCUUGCUGUUCUCUGUGCUAUUCCUCUUCUGCGCUUCCUGUUUCCCUUUCUCCUACUCGCUGCCACUCUGGACCUUUGCUGCUUAUCCCAGUUUGAGAAAUGCUGGUGUGGAGAGGGGAGCACCCAGGAGCUGCACAAAUCAGCAUCCCAAGCAAGUAUAGAGACUAAGGGUCUGACAAGGCAUCAGUGCCAGAGCUAGGAGCUGAGCCUGGGUCUCUUGUGCUGCAGGCUCUCCCCACACCCUCUUCAGUGUCUUCCAGCUGCUGGAGAGAAACCCAUGGAGGCCCAGAGUCCCUAACCUUGGGGCUGGUGAAAAGAGCUGUGCCUGUCACUGACUGGCUUCAGCUCUGCCCUUGAGAUGCCCUGCUUGCUGUGUAGCAGAAAGGUGGGAAGAAGGACUCUGCUAGAGCAGAAGCCUGUGGCCUCAGUCAUCCCAGCAGGGGCCACGACCUUCCUACAGACACUUUCUCUGGCACGCAAAGUUCCCCUGAUAAGGUCCUAGCUGCACAAGUGUAGCGGUGUUGUGUAUCCCAGAGACACAGUCCUGCCCUCCCACGGAGACCAGCCAUAUCACAAAUGCCUCUGAGAUUGUUGAGCUGUAGCCUUGUCCUUGAACACCAGCAGGAAGCCUGGUAUGUGCUGGGCCCCGUGGCUGGCUACCUUCCUUUGUGGGCCCAGAAGAGUGAUCUGGAGAUGCAAGAGCCUGGGCUGGGCUGAUUUCUUAGAGUGUUCCCAUUCUGGUCAUGUGUCUUGUUGUGCAGGGCUGUGCUGCUGGGGGUGGGUGCAUAGUGUUUUUGCUGAGACUGCCUGGUAGUGAACCCAGUGAGGGAGGAACAACCAGAGAAACAGCCCCAAGGACUUUCCCACGGGCCUUGGGUCACUGUAUUCUGGGGAGAUCUGCUGUGCAAAGCAGGAGGUCCUGGAAGCUGUGUUGGCUGUGAAUGCGCCCUGAGCCCCCUGCUCCUCAGUGAUUGAUUGUCUCUGCACAGAACCAGUGAAUCUCCAGAUAGGACUCGAGUCGUUGUCCAGGAAGCUGAAGCCUGCCUUGAGACACCAUUGCCGAAGCCGCCAGUUGGUCUCUCUAAUGCAGUUCUUGUGCCGUCUUCCACGUCCGCUCACUGGUAGGACAGAAGAGAAUACCACCUGUGCACCAGUCUCCUUCAGCACGCCGCCCAGAGCAUGGUAGUCCGUCAUCAGCACCUCCUGGCCACCAUGAUCCUGACCACGAGCUUUCGAAGCUGCCUUGUGCUGCAGGGUUUCUCCUUCCUGGGCGUCUUCUGCCAGGCAUGGGCUGACAUGAGUGCCACGCCGCAGCCCCCCGGCGCCAUCACGUCAGCAUCCUUCCUGCGGGACCUUAUGCAGCGGUAUGGGGAGGAUGAUGCCCUGACCCUGCGGCAGCUCAAAGCCCUGCUGAACCGCCUUGAUGUGGGAGUUGGCCAUGAAAACGUGUCCCGGUCAGAAGCGCAGCACAGGAACCUCUCCCGGUGCUUCAGCUCCUCAGAGCUCUUUGCCACACACAACCUGAGUGAAGGGUCCCGCAUUGGCCAGAGUGAGUUGAAGGAGUUCUGCCCAACCAUCCUGCAGCAGCUGGAGUCGCGGGCUUGCACCUCUGAGAACCUGGAGAAUGAAGAGAACGAGCAGACUGAGGAGGGGCGUCCUAGCUCUGCAGAAGUCUGGGGUUACGGUUUCCUGUGCGUGACCGUCAUCUCCCUCUGCUCCCUGGUGGGGGCCAGCGUGGUGCCCUUCAUGAAGAAGACCUUUUACAAGCGGCUGCUCCUUUACUUCAUAGCUCUGGCAAUUGGUACUCUCUACUCCAACGCCCUCUUCCAGCUCAUCCCUGAGGCCUUUGGGUUCAACCCACAGGAGGAUUACUAUGUCCCCAAAUCUGCUGUGGUCUUUGGAGGCUUUUACCUGUUCUUCUUCACAGAGAAAAUCUUGAAGAUGCUUCUCAAGCAGAAAGAUGAGCACCACCAUGGGCAUAGCCACUACAGCCCUGAGAGCCUCCCCUCCAAGAAGGAUCAGGAAGAGGGAGUGACUGAGAAGCUGCAGAACGGGGACCUGGAUCAUAUGAUUCCUCACGGGAACAGUGAACUGGAGUGCAAGUCCCAGGCUGGGGAUGAGAAGGUCAUUGUGAGCUCUCUGUCUGUCCAGGACCUGCAGGCAUCUCAGAGCGCAUGCUACUGGCUGAAGGGGGUGCGCUACUCAGACAUUGGUACACUGGCGUGGAUGAUCACCCUGAGCGACGGCCUGCACAACUUCAUUGAUGGCCUAGCUAUUGGCGCCUCCUUCACAGUGUCCGUCUUCCAAGGCAUCAGCACCUCUGUGGCUAUCCUCUGCGAGGAGUUCCCACACGAGCUGGGUGACUUUGUCAUCCUGCUGAACGCUGGCAUGACGAUCCAGCAGGCACUCUUCUUCAACUUCAUCUCGGCCUGCUGCUGCUACCUGGGGCUCGCCUUUGGGAUUUUGGCCGGCAGCCACUUCUCUGCCAACUGGAUCUUUGCUCUGGCUGGCGGGAUGUUCCUCUACAUUGCACUAGCCGAUAUGUUCCCUGAAAUGAAUGAAGUGAGCCGGGAGGAUGAGCAGAACGGUAGCGCCCUCAUCGCCUUCGCCAUCCAGAAUGCGGGGCUGCUGACUGGGUUUGCCAUCAUGGUGCUGCUUACCAUGUACUCGGGCCAGAUCCAAUUAGGGUAGGGAUGGGCCUGGCACAAAGAGCAUCUUCAGCUGCAAACAUAGGGACUGACCGGACCAUUGCGGGGCAUGGGCAUCGCACAGCACUGCAGAAACAGAGGCAUUGCUAUUGAAACUAUUCCAUAGACUACGUAUCGCUUAGUGAAGGGACUCUACCCGAGCACCUUGCUGUAGAACUAAACUGACCCAAGGACCCGUUCCCAGCAUAGUAUCCCUUCCCCUCCUCUCCUGGCAUCAGAAGGACUCCUGGGAUGGAUGGGAGUGAGAAUCAGAACAGACUUGCUGGCUCCUUUGGCUGCCUCAUCUCCUACUGUGGACAUGCUGCAUUCCUCCCCUCCUGCUGGAGCAGCCACAGAAGGGGAUCGGAUAGAUCAUCAGCACCGGAUAUGAGGCUGCCUCCCCCAAGCUGAUGCUUGGAGCUGUCCAUCUGCAGGCAGUGGAAAUGUGGGGUUUGGGAGUCGGGACAGAGGGUGGUCUUAGGACAGCUUCACUGUCAUUGACAGCCUCUAGCGCUCCACUUACACAGGAGGCAGCUUCUUUUUCCCAAAGAUCCAUGUCCCCACUGGUCCACAGAGCUGUGCUGUCCAAGCAGGCUGUUUGCAGGAUUCACUGGGCUGGAGGAUUGCUGUGGGGGACAAAGCUGACGGGUCCAGGCAAAUGGCUUGUGAUGAGAGGAGGAGCAAGUUUCCUGCAGUUAUGCUGGAAUCCACCCUUCUCUGGCAUAGUGUUAGGUACUGGCCUGGCCAGGCCACUGUGGCCUCAAGGCUAGACAUCUUGCUCAUCACAGCUAUUGUUGCUUUGGUUUCUUUCUGCUGUCUGUCCAAUCCUCACUGCACUGAGUUUCCUGGAAGAAGGGGCACUGUGUUGACAUGUGGUCAGACUGGCUUUGGGAAGAGGCAUGCUGCUUCCUUGGGGGCAUAGGAAACUAGACAAGUAGCAUCUGCAGGUCAGAGUUAUGAUAACAAAUGUUUCUGGGGUGGGAGGUGCUGUGGGGAGGAAGAAAAACCAGAUGCUGCCACCUCCCCUGACUUCCCACUGCCAAGAGAAAUAGUCCAGGGACCCUUGGAUCACAUUUUGUGGACCUGGGGGAGUGGGGAAAACAAGGGGCAGCUGUGCUCUGAUGCAAAGAUACUGUAAAACCUCACUAUUGCAGAGUUGGCUUCUCUGAGCUGUGGGGCAGGUAGGAGGGUUGGGAGCAUGUCCCUUGGUGCUGGUCACCAGAGGCAUGACAAGUUCACGGUGUUGCUUGGAGUUGUGCAUUUUAGUUUAAAUAGACACCACUGCAGAGUGGCAGAGGGAAGGCUGGGGGGGUUGAGAUGCUGCAGUCAUCAGAACUCGUGCUUCCAGGAUGGCAGGGGCAUGGGAUUCGAGCCCAGCCUUGGGGGCUGUGGGAGGGAUGAAAUGUGUUUUAAGGCAUUGCCCAGCUGCCUGCCUUUGGGCUGGCUUUUCCCAGGUUCACUAGGUGAACUGAUAUAUUAUCAUAUUGAUAACGUUGUCCUCAUCAGCCUGGGUGGGGAACGAGGCUGCUCUCACUGCCUCGACCCACCCCCAUCAGUUGAUUCUGCACCCUGUAGCUGUGAAUUUGUGGCUUUGUGAGCAAAGUGACUUGAGGCAGGAUAUCUUAAUGGGCAGAGCGCUGGACUGUCUCGUAUACAUGGGGUCUAUCUCUAGGUAUGCUGCUGGCCCGCUGGGUGAUCUUGGGGUAGUCACUACAGUGCCUCUUGCCUCAGUUUCCCCUCUUGCUAAGUGGGGAAAAUAAUACUGGCAUCCUUUGUGCUGUGUAUGGGAUUUACUGAGGAAAAGCAUUAAAGAGGAUCCUGGUAUUAUUACUCUGAGGCAGGCAGAGAGUUUGCUGCCAAUCUGUUCAGGUGUUCCCUGCUACCUGGAUGGCUUUGUUCUGUAUGUCGAGGGACAGGUGUUGUCCAGUCACUCAUCUAGCAAGCAGUCAGCAAUGCAUCAAACUGCAUCGCCUCCAUCAUCUUGUCUUCAGUGCAGAGCCUGAGCAGGAGCUCUUGUCCAUGUUUCCUCCUCCUUCCUGCCAUCAGAUGGAAGCUGAGGCUCUGUCUGCUCAUCAUACCCCAGGUCUUGACCGCAUUACAGCUCACAGGCACAGGCCUCCCUUUUCCUGAGCUAGCCAAGGGGACAUAGAGGGGCAAGCUGAAGUUGCAGGGACUAAAGGGAUAGGAGAUCCAGGUCUUCUGGAUAUAUCCUGGUGCAGGCACUGUGCUUCCAGCAGGACUGUGACUUGUCAGCCGUUCGCCCUGCAAUAACCGUGCCCUCUGACUUGCUCAGGUAAUUGUUGAACAUCUUUCCCUUUCUCCAGCGGUUGACAUAAAAAGCCCUUUGACCCCCUGGCUUCUCCAUUUCCCAUUAGAAUAUAACACUGCCAUUGGUCCCACAGGCCCAAAGAGCUGGAGUUUUUCUAGGCCAAUAAACGAGCCUACCCCUUACCUGAAUUUGGUUUCUAAGACGCAGGUCCAAAGCAGGUCAGCAUCUGUAUCUUGAAUUCCAUUCGCAUCCGAAUCACUAUCUGCUGUAGAGGCCAGCCAUCUGUCCCAUCCCACCAGCUUAACCACUUUACCAGGCAGAGGCAGCUGAGUGAAGUGUGCAUGCCCCAAUCCUGACCCUUGCCCUGGCCUCGCGUGCACGUGUAGGAAGGUGGAGGUUGCAAUAGAACCCUGCAACACCCUUUGUAACUGGGCUGUGUGUCUUUGCUCAUUGCCUGGAGGAAAUCCUUGUCCAGUGCUUCUCCUGUAGGUUUUAUCACCUACAGCCAAUUGGUUGAUAUCACCUUUUUGCAGGACCUCAGAAGCAAAUGCUUUAAAAAGAUUGGCCCUGUUAGGGACACCUCGAGACAAACCCUCCAGUGGAGAUUGUUUUGCAAAACCCAUCCUUGACCUGUUCAUCAGUGGGUUUUAAUAAGGGCCUCUGGGUGCUGUAGUAUGUUCUUUCCAGGAUCAAAACUCCAAGGUGGGGUUCCUGCUACCCAGUUUGAGGGGAGAAAGAAAUUGGGUUGGUGCUGUGAUUCAUAGAGGUCACUGAUGGUCAGGAUGGGACCUGUCUUCAACCAAGCGACUGAGGAAGCAGCCAGCUUCUAAGAACAGUACAAAGGGGAACUGCCCUUGCUCAUGGCACAAAGAGCAUAUGCUGUGGGGGGUGAGAGCUGCAGCCCUGUUUCUGAAUUGACAGCGUCUUUAAACCCCUUUUUUUUUUUUUUUAAGGGGUGAGGACUAAGUUACCCAUUUUCUCCCAAGGAAGUGCUUGGAAAGCACCACCCAGUGUAUUCCAUACAGAAGACUACUGCUUUUUAGCACUGCCAAGGCUAGUCCAACUUUGACGAGGAUGGUUUAGCAAUAGGCAAAAGAGAGUACUUUGCACCUCUGCCUCUCCUGUAGGAAGGAUCCCCAAUUCAGAAAUGGUUGUAAAGAAGGACUAGAAGUGCAGCUGACUUCUAGGUGGUAGAAAGCCUGGUCAAGAGCUGUUUAACCUCCUUUGGGCUGUUACAAGCCUUUAAAAAAAAGGGACAGGGAUCUCCAGUCUCUUUUUUUUUUGUCUAGAUCCCUUCCAAGUGUUCUUGGCAGCUGAGUUGAUUCAGAAGCUUGCAACCUGGAAAUUGAGAGAGGUUGCUCAUGAAGCAAAGCUCUUAAUGAAAACACAAAUUCUUUUAGAGAGUUCCCUGUGAUAUCCUUUCAAAAAGAUUCUCCAAGCUUGUAGUAGUAGGUUUUGGGGGAUGCAGGUAACCAAUGCAUGCACUUACAGGGGUGCUGGAAGGGGACAUUAUCUGCUUUUAACUCAUGGGAUGGUCCAAACCUUUUUUCUUUUUCUUUUUUUUGGGGGGGGGGGGGGCGGUGAUGAGAGAGGAAACUGCCAUCUGAGUUUGUGUGGGGUUUCUCCAUAUUUCCCUUUACAUGUCUGAUUAGAAGUUCAAGUUCCAUCUCAGUAUUUUAAUAACUCAGGUGUUGUAAGAAAUACUUGUUGAAAUCAAGAGCAUAACUUAUGUCCAUGUGAACUGUAAAGUUAUUUGUAAAAUGCCACAAAUAAACUAUAUUCUAUGAUGAUAGAGAA